UUCUCUUCCAAAAAAAAAAAAACCCUAAACAUUUCUCAGUUCUCAAAUGGCUUCUCACAUUUCUCAAAUCUCUGGUACGCGGCUCUGUUUCAUGGCUCAUCAAUCGGUUGAUAUUUCUCAAGGCAGUUUGAAGGAACCUCGUAGAAGCAAAUAGAAACAACCACGAACCGGAUCUACGGCCAAAGAUGAGAUCCCCGGUGAGUCAGUCAGUCAAGGCAAUCUUGCCAAGGUUCGGUUUUUGUCUUCUUCUGCUCUUCAUGCCAGGUGUCGACCCUUCGUUGGCUGGUGUUUCUGGAGGGAAAAAAAAUUCCGAAACUGAAAAGAACCACGAACCGGAUCUACGGCCAAAGAUGAGAUCCCCGGUGAGUAAGUCAAGGCAAUCUUGCGAAGGUUAGGUUGUGGUCUUCUUCUGCUCUUCAUGCCAGGUGUCAACCCUGCAUUGGCUGGUGUCUCGGGGGGGGGGGGGAAAUUCCGUUAGAGCUGCUGCUUCUCUCUCUCUCUCGCACUCUGUAACCGACUCUGUCUCUCUCUAACCGAACACAGUCCUUGCCCUCUCCAAAAAGAAUUCUAUCAAUCCAGAGCUCGAAGAAUUUUCUCGGAAAGUUCUUCUCUACUCUUAAGCGACGGACGAAACUAAUCGACGUCGACAUUGUCAGCGACAGAAGAAUUUUCUCAGAAAGUUCUUCUUCUCUUAAGCGACGGUAGAGGCUAAUCGACGUUGACAUUCUAAGCGACAGAAGAAUUUUCUUGGAAAGUUUUUCUUCUCUUAAAGCGACGCUAUUCAUCAAAUUUCUCCGAGCGUAUUUCAACUUUGAGAAAGGUUUCUCAUCCAUCCCUUAGGAAACGCUUCUUUCUCAUUAAGCUUUCUCAGAAAUCUCUAAGAUGGAAGAACUUCUAGAUGAUCAUGAACCUCAAGGAGCCAUGUUCAGCUUUGAUACCGAAGACGUAGAUUACGAUAAACUUUAUCAAGAUCAUCCUGUUUGCAACCAAAACUGCUGUCAUUCUAUGGCACACAAUUGGAGACCCUCUCACCAAGUAGGACAUCCAGCACCCGGGAUUGAUCCCACAUCUUCUGUGCCUGUGGAAGAUGCCUCAAAUUCUGUUUUCAUAGAUGAGGCUAUUAUAACAGCAAUCGGAAAGCGAAACACUGGUCCAGCCUUGCGUAUUAACCCUGCUUCCGGUGCCUCAAAUUCUGUUUUCAUAGAUGAGGUUAUUAUAACAGCAAUUGGAAACCGAAACACUGGUCCAGCCUUGCGUAUUAACCCUGCUUCCGCUACUGCUUCAACCUCUGUGAUCACAUCUAACCAAACACCAAACGCUGCUUCAGAUUCUGAGAUCUUAGAUGAGGCUAAUAUGAUAGCAAACCAACCGCGAAACACUGGUCCAGCCAUGCGUAUUAACCCUGUUUCCGCUACUGCUUCAACCUCUGUGAUCACAGCUAACCAAACACCAAACGCUGCUUCAGAUUCUGAGGUCUUAGAUGAGGCUAAUAUGAUAGCAAACAUAACGAGAAACACCGGUCCAGCCAUGGGUACAUUCCUCACUUCCGCUGCUCCUUCUGAAGUUCAUGGGUUAGUAGACGUAAUGAAAGGAACAAUGUUACGUUAUGAAGAAAAUGAGUUUGAGAAGAAGAGACAGCAGCAGAGAGACCAUGCGAAGGCAUUAAGAGAAGCUCGGGAUAAGAAAAGACUGGCGCUUUUGUUGAAGAAACAAGGUAAGGGUAAGUAGACAAGAAAAUGAAGAGGAAGGGUUUGAAGGAAGAGGAAACAACGUUCUUGUGAUGUUUUUUUAGCAUAUGCAUUUUGAUCACAUUGCAAAUUUAUAAUAAAGCACAAGGAAGUUAUUGACCUGAAUAAGAUUGUUUCGUCGACCAUCACAAGGUUGUUUCUUACCCCA